CGAAAAGCUCUCGAGUGAUGAUUCUAUAGAGUUUAUGGUGCGCCGAUUAUGUGGAUAAGAGACGACUCAACCCCUACGGAUCUUGCACGGUCUUGCACGGUCUUGCACGGUUCGUCGACGAGCAGGGGUGACCACAGGUCAGCCGGCUCGACCUUCCUGCGGAGUUCCUCGACCUUGAGCUUACCGGCUGCCCAAGUCAACGCUGCGGAGAGUGAUUAUUAUUUCAGGACUUGCCUGGUCAUCUCAAUGCCUGGGAUGCCUUUCAAUUCCGCAGUACUUACGUAUAGUUCCCAGUCAUUAAAAUCCCGGCUCCGUGGGUGGCGGAAUGUAACCCGGAGAAAGUGAUUAUUCUAGAGUCAGGACUGUGAGGUUAGAAAACUGCGCAACGAUCGGAACUCUAUAGGUUCGCCGCUUUCCUUCGUCGACUGCGGCCGAAAACGUUUUGUCUUAUGUUCCGAUAUCCUUUGUUUGAGCCGUCCUCGGGCGUCGUUGCUUUAAUACGAACUAUGUCCACGAACUUGCGGUGAGCGACUGUGCGCCUCAGACGUCGCGGGUCAGCUCGAACUUGCACAGCAGCAGUAGCAUGGCGGUAAGCCGUGUCCCGAGCCCCCCGCCGCCGGAAGUCAACACCCCUGUCGCCGAAAAUUGGUGUUAUACGCAGGUCUUGUGUGCACAGGUGAAGGUGGUUAAGUUCAGCUACAUGUGGACGAUAAACAACUUCAGCUUCUGCCGGGAGGAAAUGGGCGAGGUUCUCAAGUCCUCCACCUUUUCAGCCGGGGCCAACGACAAACUCAAGUGGUGCCUAAGAGUAAAUCCUAAGGGUUUGGACGAGGAAAGCAAAGACUACCUGUCUCUUUAUCUACUUCUCGUUUCGUGCAACAAAUCCGAAGUCAGAGCAAAGUUCAAAUUUUCUAUUCUUAAUGCCAAAAGGGAAGAAACCAAAGCUAUGGAGAGCCAACGAGCGUAUAGGUUCGUCCAAGGGAAGGAUUGGGGGUUCAAGAAAUUCAUCCGAAGAGACUUCCUCCUUGACGAAGCCAACGGACUUCUGCCAGACGACAAACUCACGAUAUUCUGUGAGGUAUAUACAUUUGUCAGCGUCGUGGCGGACAGCGUUAACAUUUCCGGACAAAGUAACACGAUACAGUUCAAGGUGCCGGAAUGUCGACUGCCCGAUGAUCUUGGACUGCUAUUCGAAAACCAAAAAUUUAGCGACGUCACGCUUACCGUCUGCGGCAGGGAGUUCCAAGCGCACAAAGCGAUACUUGCCGCGCGGAGUCCGGUGUUCUCCGCGAUGUUCGAGCACGAGAUGGAGGAGAGGAAGCAGAACAGAGUGGACAUCACGGACGUGGACCACGAGGUCCUGCGGGAGAUGCUGCGGUUCAUCUACACGGGCAAGGCCACAAACCUGGAGAAGAUGGCGGACGAUCUCCUGGCAGCGGCGGACAAGUACGCCCUGGAGAGGCUCAAAGUAAUGUGCGAGGAGGCUCUCUGUACGAGUCUGUCCAUCGAGAACGCCGCAGAAAUCCUGAUACUUGCCGAUCUCCAUAGUGCCGACCAGUUGAAGGCACAAGCCAUAGACUUCAUUAACACACACGCGACGGACGUGAUGGACACGGCGGGGUUCAAGUCGAUGGUGAACUCCCAUCCGCACCUGAUAGCGGAGGCUUUCCGCGCCCUGGCGACCCAGCAGAUACCGCCUAUCGGUCCGCCGAGGAAGCGAGUUAAGCAGAGCUGAAAGCAGUCACCCCUGAUCCCGGGCACGACCACAUCGCCCCCGCCCCUCUUGCAUCCCUCAUGACUUUGUGUACAGUGAAAGAGCAGUGCUAAAUAAAUGUUUCCUAGUGCGCCACCUUCUGGUCCGCUUCGGAGAGCGAGAUGGCGAGGCGGAGGAGGAAAGCGACCUCUUCGGAGGAGGGUCGAAACCAAGAAGAAAAGGCUGGAAGAAGAUGCGAGGAGAACCAGGAGACGACCGCGCAGCCUCCUUCGCGCACAGUCGGGAGAAAAGACGCAGCAGGAAAAAGAGGGACCGUUGGUCUCUCUGCGAUCUUUCGGAAAAAGGGAGAAGACGGCCAGUAGGUUCGCAGGGCGCACCCAUACACGCCAGACUCUUGUGUUCAGUGAGUGUCGGUGGCCGAAGGACCGUGGCGAGAGGGUAGCCUGACACACAUAUCCACCAGCGGGCUCGUCCGCCCCCGCGCGACCGCCCCAGGGCUCGUCUUCAGGGUGUCCGGCCAGGAGAAGAGGAGAGACGAGAGAAAGACCUCGAGCUCGAGUUCCGGAUAUGGAGGGAGACGGAGAGGACCGAGCGGGGCUCCCUUGGCCGGUCGUCGCGGGGGACGAGAGGACCGGAAGUUGUGAUAAAAGAGGACGCCGCGGCCGUGGACGAUUUUGGAAGAAGGUGAUGAUGAUUUUGGUUCCUUUGCGGAUCGAGCGGUGCCCUCCGACGCGCACGAGGCCGGGGCGAGGGCCCCGUCGAUUUUCCCCCCCGGGCCCGACAGGGGAGUUAGAUACUUUGUUUAUUACCGAUAUAGUGAUUUUUAAUUGUAAAACGCCGAGUCGAGAUAAUGGUAUAAACUCUUCCAGAGACGCGGAGACACGAAAUGAUUCUAGUUAGCGUUUUUUAUGAUCUCUUUCUCUCAAUAUGUAUAACUAUUACCUAUGGUUACGAUUAAUACUACGCGCAAUCUGUGCCCCCUGUAUUUUUGUAUAUUUUGUCUGCAGAUCAAGUAAGUCUUUCCUCCCACCCUCCUCACCUUAGUCCCUUCCUUGAUUUUUUGGAUUUCUUUCGACACCCGACCCCCCCUCUUGUUCUCCGGCACAGUUUGUCACUUUCGUUCCUUCCCCCUUGUUUCUCCCCCCACCUCGUAUUUUUCUUCGUUUUUUCGUCUCUCGACUGCAUUGCGUGCGUAGUGAGUAAACAAAAAGUGAUAGAAUUCGAAUUAUUGUUGUAUUAAAUUUAGGGUUGUCCAUAAUUUAUCCGAGGUUUUCGUUGUUCCGAGAGGAGAGACCAAGAAAGUGAGAGCGUGAGAGAGAGAGAGAACACGUGACACCCGUCGCGACGUCCGCGGGGACGCAGGAAAGAGUGCUAGGGGUAGAGAGAAAGAGAGAUCGAGAAAAUGGGAAGAAAAUUGGGCGCGAUCAGCCUUUGCCGCGUUGGCGCCAUUUUGGGGGUUAAAAAAAGAAAAAGAUGAGAAAACAGUUGAUCCACCGACGGGCGUCGCCCGUCGACUCGCCCCGAAGUUUUCGGGCAAGGCGGAGAGGUCGAAUAAAUUGUAUAAAUAAACGUUAGUCAAUUACAUGGUAUGGAAA